AUGGCGAUCGACCAGCUUCCCAUACGACUGGUGGUGAAUGAGCGAGAGUACGAAUUGCUACGCAGACUGCUGUCGAGAACGUCAGCACGAACACAGCGUGGUCCGAAAGGUGACAAGCAGGACAACGAGUCGAAAACAGUCACUUUCCGCGAUGACCAUCGAGCAGCAGCUUUCCGCUCCGCGUCGCGAGUGUUCAUGGUCACCUUUGGCUCUCUCAAACUUCUCAGCGCCAUCUUAGGCCGACUUGCAGCUCGCAGGUCCCCAACAGCCACCGGUUCGAGAAAACCCCUCGUGGCAUCACAAUCGAGGAUGGCACUUUCUCUAUCAUCACUCCUGUUUUUCCACGCCACGCUUUAUCGCAUCUUCGCCAGACUCAGACUCCAACUGCUGCACGAAAAGGUGCGAGAUAUCCGUGAGCGGUAUCCACGGAUCUACGCAACACUUACGUCCCGCAUUGCACCGGCGCUCGGGGCCAGUCUGUCGGGUUUUGCGCUGGGCAUCUGUCCUGCGGACCAGCUCCGGAUCACGCUUGCAAUAUAUGUGGGCUGUCGAGCUCUCGAACUGGGAUACGCCGCCAUCGAGCACACGGCGCUGAUCAAGAACAAGCCGUCCUGGCUGGGGAGUUGGGUAUUAUUUGCUCUAGCACAGGGGCAGUUAUUUCACGCGUUUGUGUUCGAUCGCGACUGCGUUCCCGAAGCAUAUGGGUCAUUCGUCCUUGGAUAUACCCCCGAAUAUAUCCAGCGUCGGCCGACGAGCAUCUCACCAAAGGUUGUGUGGCCGACAUCCGGCAAUAUUCUGGAUGCCCUUGCACAAAUGGCACAAUUAAGAUGGCCGAAUUUUGUGUCGCCAAUCCUCCACCCCAAUGAAGCGCAGACGCUGCCGAUAGGGAUCGAUACCGUCAUCUCACCCAUCACAUCACGAGCACACCUAGGCAUCCAGCAUCUAUCGUGUGCGCUUCUCCACCCUUCGGACCCGUCGUGCUUUAUGGCCUACAUAAGGCACAUGUUGAUUUCGUUCCCACAGCUCGCGAAGUUCUUUACCAAGUACUACGGGGCGCUGGCGCUGCUGCGUUUAAGACAGAUCAUCAAAGCACCACUAUCAUCGCUCAACGGGCUGUCCGAAGCCGUGCUGAGGUCCGCGAUAGCCGUGUCUGGCUGGAUUGGUGCCGCUUGGGGAAGUAUAUGUCUGUUCCAAGCUAUCUUGCCACGCUCGUUGAUGCCAAAAUUCCGGUUUUUCCUCGGCGGGUUUUUAGGCGGGAUGUUCCAAAUAUUCGACCAAACUACAGCUGGUCAUGCGAAUUCCUUGUAUGCAGCGCGCACAAGUGUCGAUUCUCUGUGGAAAGUUGGUGUCAAACGUCGAUGGUGGAGAGGCAUUCGCGGAGGCGACGUGUGUGUGUUUGUGGCUGCAUUGGCUCUUGUCAAUGUCGUCUAUGAUUUGGGGAAGGAGACAGCGGCGGGACAAGAUCGGGCGAUGAUGUUGAUCAAGGUGUUGCGAGGAGAGGCUGAGCUGGGGCUCCAAAAAAGAAAAGAGAAGGCCAUAGAGACGGAGGAGCACCAGGAGGGAGGAAGGGAUGAAGUGAUAUAG